CCGUUUGGUGAAAAGAGUUUAUUUAUUUCGCUUCAUGGGGGUGGUAACACUGAACCUUAUAUAAAUGAUUCACAAUGGGAAAAUCAAAAAGAGCUAUAUACUAUCGAGGAGGGUGUUUACUUAGCGCCCCGAGCUCCUGGCAAUACUUGGGACUUGUGGCAUCGACCAGAAAUUGAUCAUAUGUUUGACCGAAUUAUUGAGAACAUGGUUAUUUUUGAAGGAGUAAAUCCAAACAAAGUAUAUUUGACAGGGUAUUCGGCGGGUGGUGAUGGCGUAUAUAAACUUGUUCCACGAACAGCAGAUCGAUGGGCAGCUGCAAACGCGAAUGCGGGACAUCCUAACGAUGCGUCACCGUUAGGUUUGCGUAAUACACCAUUCACAAUUCAUGCAGGAGCUAAAGAUUUUAGCUACAAUCGAAACGAGGUUGCGCAGGAAUGGGCAGACGAAUUUGUAAACCUCCAAAAUGAAGAUCCUAAUGGUUAUAUUCAUUGGGUAGAAAUUUAUAAGAAUAUGGGACAUGAUUUGAAACGCAAGGAAAAAGCUGCACUAAACUGGAUGACACAGUAUACUCGAAAUCCCAUACCUGAUCGCGUGGUCUGGUGGCAAGAUUCUGUUACGCAUGAUCGAUUUUUUUGGUUGGAACUUCCAGAGAAUCAAAUUCGUGAGCAUACCAAAGUAACUGCUACACGUGAUGGUCAAAAUUUUGACAUUCAGACUAAAGAUUAUAAACAAGUAACAAUUCUUUUAAACGACACCAUGGUAGAUAUGGACUCUCCUAUUAAAAUUACUAUGGGAGAGAAAGUUUUGUUUGAAGGUAUUGUGCCGCGCACCAUCGGAGCAAUAGCAAGAUCGUUAAAACGACAUGGAGAUCCGUACUUAAUAUUCACUGGGGAAGUGACCGUCUGCACUGAAUCUAACAGGAAUAGUUCAAAAAUUGGCAAUAUUAUUUUUUGUUUAUUUCCAUAUAUAAAUUUUGUUAAAAAUAAAGAUCUGUGA